UGCGUCGGGAGAAGCGUCAAACACCAUAAUCGGAUUGACAGCCGUAUUUUAAAUCAUUCUAAAAAGUUUCAUUUUUUCAAAAUAUUCUCCAGAGAAAUCUCCACCUGGCAAGGAUGGAAAACUAAUGAGGCCUUUCUGUUGCUCGAGGCUAGCUGCUCACUCUGAAGGUGCAGCAUGAAAAGAUGGAACAGCUGCUUGUACCACCAGGUCCAGACAGCUUCCGUCCCUUUACCCAUGAGUCACUUAAAGCCAUCGAAAAACGGAUUACUGAAGAGAAUGCCAAGAAACCCAAGGGAGAGAAGAAAAAGCGCAAAAAUGAAAUUAAGCUCAGACCAAACCGUGACCUGGAGGCAGGCAAACCACUCCCCCUUGUAUAUGGAGACAUUCCUCAAGGACUGGUGUCGAUACCACUGGAGGACCUGGAUCCCACCUACAGUAAUCAGAAGACUUUCAUUGUAUUAAACAAAGGAAAGGUCAUUUUUCGCUUCAAUGCCAGUCCAGCCUUGUACCUCCUGAGUGCCUUCAACCCUCUACGAAGGCUAUCAAUUCAGAUUCUGGUACACUCAUUGUUCAACGUGGUGAUCAUGUGCACUAUUCUCACUAACUGUGCAUUUAUGACACUGAACCAACCACCUGACUGGGCAAAGAACGUGGAGUACACAUUUACAGCGAUUUACACCUUUGAAUCCCUCGUUAAAAUUUUAGCUCGGGGGUUCUGUAUAGGAAAGUUCACAUUUCUAAGAGAUCCCUGGAAUUGGCUGGAUUUCUCUGUCAUUGUCAUGGCGUAUGUAACAGAGUUUGUAUCCCUGGGCAAUGUUUCAGUCCUUCGGACAUUCAGAGUAUUAAGAGCUUUCAAAGCAAUUUCUGUCAUUCCAGGCCUAAAGACCAUUGUUGCUGCAUUGUUCCAGUCAGUGAAGAAGCUUGCUGAUGUGAUGAUUCUCACAGUUUUCUGCCUGAGUGUCUUUGCCCUAAUAGGUUUACAACUGUUUAUGGGCAAUCUGAAAAAUAAGUGCAUACUAGAAGAAUUUGUACAAAGCUAUUGGAAUAACACAAAUGUGACUGUGGACUUUGAAAAUAAAAGUCUUUAUUAUUACCUUCCUUCGAAUAGCAAAGAUCCACUGCUUUGUGGAAACAGCAGUGGAGCUGGGCAUUGUCCAGAGGGGUACAUAUGCUACAAAGCGGGAAAGAACCCAGACUAUGGUUACACCAGUUUUGACUCAUUUGGUUGGGCCUUCCUGUCACUGUUCAGACUGAUGACCCAGGAUUAUUGGGAAAACCUUUACCAGCAGACUUUGCGUGUAUCUGGGAAGCCCUACAUGAUUUUUUUUUUGCUCAUCAUAUUCCUUGGUUCCUUCUACCUGAUCAACCUGAUUUUGGCGGUUGUAGCCAUGGCCUAUGAGGAGCAGAACCAGGCCGCUGCAAAGGAAGCUCAGGAGAAGGAAGAGGAGUUUAAGGCCAUGGUUGAGCAGCUGAGACAACAACAAGAGGAAGCUCAGGCAGCACUAGCUGCUGCAGCAGCAGUGGGUGGGGAGGCCGGUGAUAAAGUUGGUGGCACAGAGAGUUCCUCUGAUGCCUCUAAGCUGAGCUCCAAAAGUGCAAAGGAGAGACGCAACAGGCGAAAGAAAAAAAAGGAGGAAGAAGGAAAAGAGACCGAGGGAAAACUUCCCAAAUCUGAGUCACAGGACAGUAUACAGAGGGCUCGCAGUCGCUUCUCUGUGGAUGCAAACCUGCUCAAAUAUGACAUGAAAUGCUCAUCUGCACAUCAGUCUUUUCUGAGUUUUCAUGGACCCCUCUUCUCACCCAGAAGGAAUAGCAAGACCAGCCUUUUCAGUUUCCAAAGUCAAGCCCAGGAUGUGGGCUCAGAAAAUGAAUUUGCUGAUGAUGAGAACAGCAUUUUUGAGGACACCCUGAGUCGGAGGGGCUCUUUUUUUCUUCCCCAAAGGUGUGAUCGACGCAGCAGCAGUAUGAGCCAGUGCAGCUUCUUUUCACAUCGCAGAUUUCAGCCCCGUGAGAUCAGGCACAGCUCUGUAGACUGCAAUGGCGUUGUGUCUCUGGUGGGUAGGAAUGCACUCCCUUCAUCACCCGGGGGGCUCCUUCCACCUAAAGUGACGUUAGAUAUGGCCUCCACUGGAGACAAUGCUGACACCACUGACACAGAAUAUAGACAGAGCAUUGGAGGAAUAAACCAGGGAUAUAUGGACUACCUUCAGAGCCCAGAGGCCAGACAGAGAGCUCAUAGUAUUGCUAGUGUCAUAACCACCACAAUGGAGGAACUUGAAGAGUCACGGCAGAAGUGUCCUCCUUGCUGGUAUGAUUUUGCCCACACCUUCCUAAUCUGGGAGUGUUGUCCAGGAUGGCUGAAAUUAAAAAAAAUUGUCAAACUAAUCGUGAUGGACCCAUUUAUGGAUCUAUUCAUCACCAUCUGCAUUGCACUAAACACAUUGUUUAUGGCCAUGGAACAUUAUCCAAUGAGUGAUGGGUUCCAAAGCAUGCUUGCUGUUGGCAAUAAGAUAUUCACCGGCAUCUUCACGGCUGAAAUGGUCUUCAAGGUGAUUGCACUGGAUCCAUACUAUUACUUUCAGGAGAGAUGGAAUAUCUUUGAUGGGAUCAUUGUCAGUUUAAGCUUGAUAGAGCUUUGUUUGGAAAAUUUGAAGAACAUGUCUGUUUUGAGAUCAUUCCGAUUGCUUAGAGUAUUCAAGUUGGCUAAAUCCUGGCCCACUCUAAAUAAACUGAUCAAAAUAAUUGGUAAUUCAGUGGGGGCUUUGGGCAACCUGACACUGGUCUUGGCCAUUAUCGUCUUCAUCUUUGCUGUGGUGGGCAUGCAGCUAUUUGGAAAAAAAUACAAGGACUGUGUGUGUAAAAUUUCUGAGGACUGCACACUUCCUCGUUGGCACAUGAAUGACUUCUUCCAUUCAUUCCUCAUUGUUUUCCGGGUGCUUUGUGGAGAGUGGAUAGAAACCAUGUGGGACUGUAUGGAAGUGGCUGGGAUUCCCAAGUGUCUCACUCUCUACAUGAUGGUCAUGUUUAUAGGAAACCUUGUGGUAUUGAACCUCUUCUUGGCUCUUUUGCUGAGUUCAUUCAGUGCUGACAACCUGGCAAAGCAAGAAGAUGACCCUGAGUCAAACAAUUUGCAAAUUGCCAUGGCACGCAUACACAAAGGCAUUGCCUUCACAAAGUCGGUGCUUCGAAGCACCUGCAGCAGCACCUGCCUCAGAGAUAAGAAACAAAAGAAGGAUGAGGAAAAAUCUCUGGAUGAACUCCACAAACCUUUAGGGUCAAACGGAAUCUCCAAUCAUGGCAAUGGAGAGGUGAUUGGCGUGGACAAAACUGGGGACAAAUACAUAGUCAGCAGCAGGAGUGAUGAUUCCAUAAUGUCGUUCAUCAACAACCCUAGUGUGACUGUCACUGUUCCUAUUGCUAUCGGAGAGUCUGACUUUGAAAAUCUUAACACUGAGGACUUCAGCAGUGCAUCAUCAGAUGCAGUAGGAUGCCCUGCGAUCGUUGAAGAUGAUGAUGAUGGACAGUUCAGCUCUUCAGAGGGAAGCACAGUGGAUGGUCUUCCAGCUGGAGAGGGAGCAAUUUCCGUAGACUUUGAAUUAGAAGACACUAUGGAGCCCGAUCCCUGUUUCCCUGCUGCCUGUGUGCAGACAUUCCGUUGUUGUCAAGUAAAUGUAGAUGUGGGCUGGUGGAAGACAUGGUGGACACUACGAAAAACCUGUUAUCGGAUAGUGGAGCACAACUGGUUUGAGAGCUUUAUUAUCUUCAUGAUCCUGCUUAGCAGUGGGGCCCUUGCAUUUGAGGAUAUCUACAUUGAGCAAAGGAAGACUAUUAAAACAGUUUUGGAGUAUGCAGACAAAAUUUUCACUUACAUCUUUAUUCUGGAGAUGUUACUGAAGUGGGUGGCAUAUGGAUUUGCCAAGUAUUUUACAAAUGCCUGGUGCUGGUUGGACUUCCUAAUUGUUGAUGUCUCACUGGUCAGUCUGGUAGCCAACGCAUUAGGUGCUAAUGAACUUGGUGCCAUCAAGUCUCUGAGAACUCUAAGAGCUCUGAGGCCACUGAGAGCCCUGUCACGCUUUGAGGGCAUGAGGGUGGUUGUCAAUGCCCUAUUGGGAGCCAUUCCCUCUAUCUUCAAUGUGCUGCUGGUAUGCCUCAUCUUCUGGCUCAUUUUCAGCAUCAUGGGGGUCAACUUAUUUGCGGGAAAGUUCUACUAUUGUGUCAACACAACCACAAAUGAGCCGUUUACUGCAUCAAAAGUGAAACAUAUGAAAGACUGUAAUUUCACGGAUUCUAAGGUGAAGAACGUCAAGGUCAACUUUGAUAAUGUUGGCAUGGGUUACCUUGCACUGUUGCAAGUGGCUACAUUUAAGGGUUGGAUGGACAUCAUGUAUGCUGCUGUUGAUUCUCAAAGCAAGCCAGAAGAACAACCAGACUAUGAGAUCAACCUAUAUAUGUACUGUUAUUUUGUUGUUUUCAUCAUAUUUGGAGCAUUUUUCACACUCAAUCUCUUCAUUGGUGUCAUUAUAGACAACUUCAAUCAGCAAAAGAAAAAGUUCGGAGGUCAAGACAUCUUUAUGACUGAAGAACAAAAGAAAUACUACAAUGCCAUGAAAAAACUGGGGUCAAAAAAACCACAAAAACCGAUCCCUAGACCAUCGAACAAGAUUCAAGGAUACAUCUUCGAUUUUACCACCAAGCAAUCAUUUGAUAUUGUGAUCAUGGUUCUAAUAUCGCUUAAUAUGAUCACUAUGAUGGUGGAAACUGAUGAACAAUCAGACUACAAGAAAAACGUCCUCUACUAUGUAAAUGUGAUAUUCAUUGUCGUCUUCACUGGAGAGUGCAUAUUAAAGAUGCUCUCACUCCGGCACUACUUUUUCAUGAAUGGCUGGAAUAUAUUUGAUUUCAUCGUUGUUAUUCUGUCAAUCAUCGGUUUGUUUCUCUCCGAAAUAAUAGAAAAAUACUUUCUUUCACCAACCUUGUUCAGAGUCAUCCGACUGGCACGGAUUGGCCGCGUCCUCCGCCUUAUUAAAAGUGCCAAAGGAAUACGCACACUCUUGUUUGCCUUGAUGAUGUCACUUCCCGCCUUGUUCAACAUUGGUCUCUUGCUCUUCUUGGUGAUGUUCAUCUAUGCGAUCUUUGCCAUGUCAAACUUUGCAUAUGUCAAGAAGGAAAGAGGUAUUGACGAUCUUUUCAAUUUUGAGACUUUUGCAAACAGCAUGAUCUGUCUGUUCCAAAUCACCACCUCAGGUGGAUGGGAUACCCUACUAUAUCCCAUUCUCAACAAAAAUGAAGAUGACUGUGACCCUGAGAUGGAGAAUCCUGGUAGUAAUUUUAAAGGAAACUGUGGAAAUCCUACACUGGGAAUUACUUUCUUUGUGAGCUACAUCAUCAUCUGUUUCCUUAUUGUGGUGAAUAUGUACAUUGCAGUCAUCCUGGAAAACUUUGGUGUAGCUACUGAAGAGAGUGCUGACCCACUGAGUGAGGAUGAUUUUGAAACGUUUUAUGAGGUCUGGGAAAGGUUUGAUCCUCAUGCAACACAGUUCAUUGAGUAUAAAAUGCUUUCAGAAUUUGCAGAUAAUCUGGAACCACCAUUGCGCAUAGCCAAGCCUAACAAGUUUGACCUGAUCUCUAUGGACUUACCGAUGGUGAGUGGUGACCGCAUUCACUGCCUAGACAUCCUGUUUGCAUUCACAAAGCGUGUUCUAGGUGAGGGUGGAGAAAUGGACAUUCUAAAGGAGCAAAUGGAAGAGCGUUUCAUGGCCUCAAAUCCUUCCAAGUUGUCCUACGAACCCAUCACUACCACCCUCCGUCGCAAACAGGAGGAGGUUUCAGCUGCUGUCAUCCAGAGAGCAUUCAGGCAUUAUACAAGGAAGUGUCCAGGAAAAGACAGAAGGUCCCAUGACACAUCCAAUAUUAACAAUCAAAAGGAUAAAAAGCUCAUUAACAAGGGAAAGCAUGACACAGACAAACUUAAAAACACGUCUAGUGCCAAUAAAAGCAAACUGACACCUUCUGCUGCCUCUCAACCUUCAUGUAACAGUGUGACAACAAAUGGAAAAAACAAAUAUGAAAAAGACAAAAGUGAAAAGGAGGUUGUGAGCAAAGAUGUCAAAGAACAAGAUAUGUAAAGGAAAUCUGUGCUACACCAAAGACAAUGUAGUGAAUGCAAAAUGUUUACAACCUUCCACAGUGACUAAGACAUCCAGUGGAUUCUCUUCUGUAGUAUGGAUAUCUACUAUGCCAAACUGACUGUGCUUGCUUGAGUCUAGAGGAGAGUUUCUAAAAUAGAAAAGAGCCAUUCAGGCUACAGUAUGACUGUAUGACUGUAUGACUCACUUGGAUGAAUUGAAGAGCAAAGAUCCAUUAUGUCUGCUUGUGAGGUGAGACGACAUUACUUAGUGUUCUGAAAGGCAUAUUAGUUACUGCUUUACUUGUAUUGCAGCUAGUUCUGCUACCCAGUGUCUUGAAUUGUUGUUAUAUCACUGAUUGGUGUAUUACUCAACUUAAUUUUUCAAGCAGGAAAAAAGGAGAGUUAUAUGCUAUUGCUGAAAAAAAAAAUCAUAGUUUGGUUAAUUGUCUUUUUAUACAUUUUUUUAGGGUUGUAUCUUCAGGUAUAGACUUUACACAGAAAUGCACUGCUUUAAGGUUAUUUUUGCUUGUCACUAAUAGUACUUCAAAUCCUAGAGACAUUGUCAGUGAUUAUACAUGCUAGAGUGUGCGCCAUGAUUUGUCCACCAGAUGCAAAGAAGCCUUGAUAAGGCUGCUUUUUUAUUACAAUACAGAAACUUACCCUUCAAUCGAAACAAAUCACAAAGAAGUUUGCUGAUUAUAUUUGAUUAUCAGUGUCAGAUCAGUAACCCUUGAAAAAUACUUUGUACACUGUUAAAUCAUUUUUCAAAUCAUUCUCCAUAUGUUGUUGUAUUUGGCCAACAGGGGUUUGAUGCAUCCAAUAGGAGCUAUAAGGUGAAAAUUGCAAUUGUUUAUAAAAAACUUAAAUAUGGUUGGAAAUUCUUAUUUCUGAGACACAUGGAUACUGUUGUCAUUAUAUGUCCCUUCUGUUAAGCUGUUUUUACAUAAUCUUCAAUGGACAUUUUGUAAAUUAUAACUGUAAAAGGGGUGGGGUGUUGUUUUAUUUUAUGUAAAAAGUUUUCUCAGAGUGCACCAUUAAAUCUUUUUAUGUUUUUUGUCUAAGCCAAGUGAAAUAUGGCUCACAAUAUUCUGAAUGACCUCAAGGAUAUGGCUUUUCACAUCUCACAUGUCCUAAGCUAUUUCCUACUUCUGUUUACAUUUUAUAUUGUGUUCAUUUUUUCAGUUAUUCACACAUCCAAUCACAUCCAUCCUAAACUGUUUCAUAAACUUUUCUCGUUCUGUGUUAUAAAAGUAUAAAUCCAUUCAUGUAAUUACAUUCUGCAUGUAAUUAAAACGUUCAACAUAAAGGUAUACUGUAUGCAUAAUGCAAGAAUGUUUUGAUUACAAAGACUUUAACAACUCCCAUCAUUUAUAUGCAUAAUGCUUGUAGUGUAUAAAUUACCUGCAUGCAAGACAAUGCUAUAACCUAUUUCACUGAAAAGCUAAAGGAAUAAAGAUUACAUUUAAGUCAA